AUGCCCAUUUACUUGUUUCCUUUCUCCAACCCUCUUUUUGUUUUCUAAAGGUGUCAAAGCUACAUAGAACAAAAUCUAACAAGUGUCUCAGAAUUCUUCCUCAUGGGACUCUCAGAUAAUCCAGGACUGCAGCCCCUCCUCUUUGGGCUCUUCCUGUCCAUGUACCUGGUCAGUGUGCUUGGAAACCUGCUCAUCAUCCUGGUUGUCAGUUCUGACUCUCACCUCCACACCCCCAUGUACUUCUUCCUCUCCAACCUGUCCUUGGCUGACAUCGGAUUCAUCUCCACCACUGUCCCUAAGAUGAUUGUGGACAUCCAAACUCAGAGCAGAGUCAUCUCCUAUGUGGGCUGCCUGACUCAGAUGUCUUUUUUGAUCCUUUUUGGAUGUAUGGAUGGUAUGUUUCUGACUGCAAUGGCAUAUGACCGAUUUGUGGCCAUCUGUCAUCCUCUACACUACUCAGUCAUCAUGAACCCACAUCUCUGUGGCUUCUUAGUUUUGGUGUCCUUUUGUGUUAGCCUUUUGGACUCCCAGUUGCACAAUUUAAUCGUGUUGCAACUUACCUGUUUCAAGGAUGUGGAAAUUUCUAAUUUCGUCUGUGACCCUUCUCAACUCCUCAACCUUGCCUGCUCUGACACUUUCACCAAUAACGUAGUCAUGUAUUUUGUUGGUGCCAUCUCUGGCUUUCUCCCUAUCUCAGGGAUCUUUUUCUCUUACUAUAAAAUUGUUUCUUCCAUUCUGAGAAUCCCAUCAACAGGUGGGAAGUACAAAGCCUUCUCCACCUGUGGCUCUCACCUGUCAGUUGUUUGCUUAUUUUAUGGAAUGGCUAUUGGAGUAUACCUUGGAUCAGCCCUGUUGCCUUCUCCCAGGAAGGUUAUGGUGGCCUCGGUUGUGUACACCGUAGUCACCCCCAUGCUGAACCCCUUCAUUUACAGUUUGAGGAACAGGGACAUCAAGAGUGCCCUAUGGAGGUCACUCAGAAGAAUAGGUUAA